CCACCGCUAACGCUAACGCGUUGAAAAAAUAAAAAAAAUAAAGGCGCGGAAAAAGUGUUAACUAAAUGAAUUGAAAAUGUAAAGCUGAACCGAAUUGUGCGAUGGUUCGGGGACUAUAGAUUCGAGCUUUGUGAGAACUUCAAAAAUCAACAAAAGGUGUGAAAAGUGCCGAAAAAAUCCGCCUGUGAGCGUGUCGGCUCUCUCUUUGGCAGCAGCGGCGGCGAUUUGUGACGUCAAAAGCAGCGACGUCCUUCGCUGGUAGACACACACGCACGCUCACCGACAGACACAAUACCACACUGAGAGAAACUCCCACCAAAAGAACCCUCCCCCACCCCUAAAAAAUCGAAAGAAAACAAGGAGAGAAAAGGAUUUAUUUUCCUUUUUAGUCCGCGGGCGUGCAUGUGUGUGUGUUUUUGAGGCAGCCGCACAACUAUAACUGUAUCUAGCAGCAGCAACAACAAUAGCAACUGAAUCCCAGCAAUAUAGCAACAAAAAUGGAACAGCCAAGCAUUCUCGUCAAAAUCCUGCACUCGAUUCCGCACGUGAAUUACACAUUCCGUCGGGUUAACGACACCUUCAAUCCGGACAGCGAUGUUUACCUCGAGAGUCUGGGAAUCUUGGCGUCCAUUCCUGCCGGCCUUCUGAUCGUCUCGCUGUUGGGACUUCUGCUCUACCUGCUCACCCGCUGCUGCGACCGCCGCCAACGGAAGCCGAGUGCUCAGCGCUGCCAGAGCUGCUCGCUGGUCAUCAUCACGCUGAUGACCUGUGGCGCCAUCGGAUUAGGCUUGUACGGCAACGAUGACUUCCACAAUGGUCUGCUGCAGGCCUUUGGCUCCGGAAAGAACGUCGAGGGUCUGGUGCUCACCCUGAAACGUCAGACGGAGAGCAUCAAGCACGACUUGGAAACGCGGAUGGCCGGGCACAAGGUCGAGCAGCUGGUGGAGAAGCCGCAGUACAACCAGACGGUGGUCAUGCUGCUCAUCGAGACGUCACGUCUGGUCACGGAGAACACCUCGCGGGCGGUGGCUUCGCUGGACAGCAUGGUGCACUACUUCAUGAAGGCCAAGGGCAGCGAGAACGACACCUCACUGAUGGGCUUGCUGCAGCUGGGAGAGUUCUACGAAUCCAUUCGCUGGCCAACUACCUUGGCCUUCCUCACUGUGCUCCUGCUGCUCUGCACGGUUCUGGUGAUCGGUGUGGCCAGGCGCUCCCGCUGCACCCUGAUCUUCUUCAGCGUUUCGGGUCUCUUCUGCAUUAUCAUCUGUUGGCUGCUGGCGGGUGUUUACCUGGCCUCCAGUGUGGCCGCCGGCGACUUCUGUAUGCGACCGCACGACUACAUGUGCCGCCAGGUGGGCAUGCGGAGUCCCUACGUUGACUUUCUGAACUGCGGCACGCCGCGCAAUCGGUUCAUUCUGCGCCUGAACGAGUCCCGCGAUCUUGUGGAUCGCGCCAGGGAAAGUGUGGACCAGAUGCAGCGGAUGAGCAAGGACACCUAUCCGCACAUUGAUAUCCAGCGCACUCUGAACGCCAUGGACAAUGAUCUGGAGAACACGCUGCGCAACCUGACGACGUUGUCGGCGACUCUGGACCGCCGGGCCAUCGACCGGCACUACGAGGAGGCACUCCGCGGACUCUGCGGCGGCGGGCUGCUGGGCCUCAGUCUGAUGAUGGUGGCUGGGCUGCUCACUUCCUUCCUGCUGACGAUCCUCGUGUACGCCGACUCGCACGCCUGGAUCUAUCUGACGAAGCGACCAACUCUGGACGCUGACAAAUCGGAGACUGCGCCGCUGUUCCCCGCCUCGAAUGCGCCGAGCGCCAGCAUCUCGCCCACCGCACCGAUAAGCACGGGGACGAUCAACAGGACGCUGCUGCACCACCAGCAGGCGGCGGCGGUGGGCGGCGGAUCGGGCACCCUGCUGGGAUCGGGAGGCGGCGGAGGCGGAGCCGGAGGAGGAGGAGGCAUGGGCGCCAAUGGACACAACGGCGUGGGACCGUAUCGCAACGGAACGGCCGGCCUGAGACAAGGGUUGGCAUCACCAUCAUCUCAAUCAAGCCACACCUCAUCUACCGCCACUUACAACAAUCACAACAACGGCACCACCACCGGUUACAGCAACAGCCACCAACAACAACACCACCACCACAACAACCACCUGUACAGCAACAACCACCACCAAUACAACAACCACAGCAACAACCACUACAGCAACAAUACACAGCAUAGAACUAACAACGCGGCGGGCGCGGUGGCAGCGGCGGUGGGCGUGGCCAGCAGCAGCGGUCAGCGAUCGCCGUCGCCGCCGCCCGGCUACGAUUUGGUGCAUGGCACAAGGUCGGGUCACCACACGCUGGGUCGCCUGCCAUCGCACCACCAGCAAUCGGCGUCGUACCUGCCGGGCCCCAACAACGGAAAGUACGCGACGCUCAGCAAGCAGUGUAAGACGCUUGAGUCCAACGACUUCUACUGAGAUUCGCUUGCCUGCAGUUCCCAUGCAGGCAGUAGCAGCAACACAGCACAGCAGCAGCAGCAUCAGCAGCAGCAAAGCAGCCUCAUCAAUCAGAACCAGAUCCAGCAGAUCCAGAGCCAGGGCCAGAGCACGCUGAAGAACAUCUUUGCCUCGGCCACCCUGCCCCGCUCCACCGGCAGCUCCAUUCGGUCGGUGCUCUCUGUCCAGACCUCCAACGCGGGCAUCUGCCGCUCCACGGGCAACGGCUUGGACGCUGAACUGGUGGACGACCGCGAUCCCAGGGACGUGACGAACAACAGCUUCAACCGCUUCGAUCCCAAGUACAUUAGCAUCGGUCCCAAGGCAGUCAGGGGUCAGAAUAACAAUCUUAACAUUAUGUCCGCCGCCGGAUCGGCGAAUAAGUGUGCCACGCUGCGGCAUGUCGGCCGCUACGGUGGCUCUCUGAAGGGUGUGUCCGCCGUCAAUGCCACGCCCUCGCCCGCAGCUGCCCCGGCUGUCCAUUCGCCGAACUUGCGGAGCGCCAAAACGCCUUUAAUAGCCACCGUUUCAAAGGAUUACUGCCAGCAGCCGGACUGCAUUCCCCAGGAGUUCCUCCUUCAGCAGCAGCAACAACAGUUGCAGCAGCAGCAGUUGCAGCUUCAGCAGCAGCAACAACAACAGCAGCAGCAGCAGCUGCAGCAACAGCAACAGCAGCAACAACAGCAGAUGGUGCCACCUGCUCCGCCGCAACCGGCGCCACCGCCUCCGCCCAAACCAAAGAUAGUCAAUACGUUUACGGAAAUCCCCGGCACCACGGGGGUAGGCAGCUCGUAUGCCAAGGAGCAGCAGCAGCAGCAACAACUGCUGGUCCUGCAGCAGCAGCAGCAACAGCAGUUGCUGGCCCUUCAGCAGCAGAGGGAGCGGGAGUUGCAACAGCAGCAGCAACAGCAACUGCAGCAACAGCAGCAACAGCGGGAGUUGCAUCCACCCACCACCCACAUACUGCCCGCCUCGGCUGUUUACAGCAUCGAGAGCAGCGACGUGUUGCCCACAGCCGCGCCGCGAGUGCAGCAGCGUUCGCUAAAUCCCGCCUCGAUUGUUAACCAGCCGCUGCCCGAGAUUCCCACCAACCAGCAGCAACAGCAACAGCAGUCAAAGAUCUCCGCUCAGCCGCUUUGCGCCGCCAGUUUGGGUCAGUAUCGGUCGCUGCAGCGACCCCAAACCCAGAAAUUGCAACCGGUGGCCAUCUCUUCGCCGCAGCAGCCGCCAACGUUGCCGCCGAAGAACAGGCACAAAAACAGCAAUCGAGGCGGCGCCGUGGACAGCAGCAAUGCCAACCACAUGCAGACCUUGCCGCCAAAGUCAGCUAGCUUAAGACAGCAGCAGCAGCAACAGGAACGGGAAAGGGAGCGAGAAAGGGAGCGGGAGAGGGAGAGGGAACGAGAGCGGGAGCGUCCCCGGCGGGCGGAGACUCUGGACAAUGCCCGCAGCUACAUAGAGCAGCAGCAACAGUAUCCCAGCCAAUUGAUAACCAGCAGCUACAUGAAGAAGCAGCACUCCUACGACAGCAGCUACCAUCAGCAGCAGCAACAACAGCAGCAGCAGCAGCAGCAGGCCUUCUACCAAAGGCAGCACAACAACAAUUUCUCCACGAAGCAGCAGCAGCAAUUGAUGCUGGAGCAACAGCAACAGGCCUUGUUCUACAGAUCCCUGAAGCGAGGCGAACGCGGAGCAGCUGGAAGCGGAGGAGGAGUUGCCGGAGGAGCCGGAGGACUGGGAGGAGGAGCUGCCAUCAGCAACCAAAGCGAUCUGUACUCGGUGACGGAAUUGUAGGAGUGCGCCUGCUGCGGCGGCGGUGUGGAUGUGGUGCGCAGAGGCGCCUCAUCCACAUCGCUGCACGCGGCGGCGGCGGCCACACAAACUCAGAGCCACAACCAAAACCAAACACAGACGCAGACGCAAAUGCAGUCGCAGAGUCAGGCGCCCGUUCCCCUGCCACCCAAGAAGCACCGCCAGCGGGAGAGGGAGCGAAACCUCGAGCGGGAGCAGCAGCAGCAGGUCGCCCAGUGCAAUGCCAAUCUGUGCGAGGAGCACGAGUACGAUGAGUACUAUCCGCAGGCGUUCGAGAUGCAAACAGCUGUCGGAGGCGGCGCUGGAGGAACCGGAGGCGGAGGUGGAGCAACUGCGAGCUCCGGAGGAUCCAAGCAUGGCAAAGCGAGCCAGCAGAGAGCAGCCACCUUCGAUGUGGCCGAUGCCCGGGACUACGAGCUAAAGCGCUUGGGCAACCGCAGAUGCCAGCAGCAGGCGGCUCCCAGUAAAAGAAACGGGGGCGGAGGAGCAGGAGCGGGAGUAGGAGUUGGAGUAGGAGCAGCCAUUAGCCAAGAUCACCAUCGCAGCCACGAUCGGGAACGGUCGCGCAGCGAUCAUCGCAUUGCCAGCUAUGCCUGCGAGGAGGUCAACUCAUCGGCGCUGUGCAGCGCCGGCUCCAUGAGCUCCAUGUUGCAGCCGUCGAAUGGAACCGGAACCGCAACCGGAAGCGGCAACGGCCACCGAAGUAGCGGCCACCAGCACCAGAGGGAUCACCAUUCGCGGGAGCAGCAGCAACAGCAGCAGCAACAGCAACAGCGGGAGCGACGCGAGAAGACCUUUAAGGUAUGAUUUUUAGAGACGUCAUAAGAAUUGUCCAAUCCGCGCCAGGACAGCAGAAACGGCACCUCCAGGCGGCGGACGCGUUGAGGGAAAAUGGAAAGCGAACGUGGCGGAUUCUACAGCGAUUACUACGAGGAGGAGGAGGAGGUUAACCCCAUGAAUAUGAAUGCAAACGCUAGUGAAAAGUGAGUGGAGGAAGCGAAGGCAUCGUUGAAGCUUUCCCAAUUCGAGAUUUAGAGAUUCCCAGCCUGUUUUUCUGUUCAGCCUAAAUCGCGACUACUCCCUUCUCUCUCUCUGUCCCUGUCUACAAACGCCCUCACUCUGUCGCACACGUGCAGACACGCACACCAGCAAAAAAGAAAAACGAACGAACACACACACAUAUAUACUAUAUAUAUAUACGUAAAUAUAUAUAUAAAAGUUAUAAAAAUCCAACCUCUUCUGAUUGAUUCAAAGCUGCAAAUGCUGUUAAAAGGUGCUAAAAUGUUAAGGGUAGUGGUCAAAGUAAUUUCUUUGUGUGUACAUUUCAAUCAGUGUAUUUCUUAUGUUUAAACCUAUUUGUAACUAUUUAUACAAAAUUGAUAUCACAUUUAUACAAAAUCUGGCAUAAUCGAUGAGCCAAUUGCAAAAAGCAAUAUUUAUUAUUACAUAUUGGCAACAUUUUUUUUUUAGUUUUAUUGUAUAGCCUUACUUUUGAUUUACGUCCUUUACCCAGGAUUAUUUUGACCCCUGCUGUGCAUAAAGCAAUUUCAUGUAACCUACAUCAGUUCUCUGCUCUGUGUUGUUGCCUAUUGUUAUAUAUAUAUAUAGAACUUAACUUUGAUUAACCAUAACGAAUACUUUUUUUGUGACCACUAUGAAUACGAGUAUUUUUUAAAAGCCUUAGUUAAGUACAUUUUAGUUUUAAGCGCAAAACUAUUUAUUUACGUCAGAUUGUAAGCUUCGAUCCAAAAAAUAAGACCUAGAACGUGCGAAAGGCAAAGGACAGUCGGCUAACAAAAACAUAAUGUUUGGAAUAUUGUUAAUCAAGUGGCUUUUGAAGAUUUUUGAGAAUGAUUUAUGAGUUGGAGUCGAUGUCUUUUGCAUUUUCUGUGCCGAAAUAACCUUUUUUUUUUGUAAGAGUGUGUGUGUUAUAUUUAUUAUAGUUUUUUUUUGUUUAAUAAGCGAUUUAUGCUACAUCAUUUUAUUGUUUAGGAAUCCGUUGCGAGAACCAACAACAACAACUACCACAGCGACACGUACGUAAAAAUUUUUGUGACGUCAGAAAUCUAAAAAAAAAACUAU